ACCCAUUAUAGAAACAAAACAACUGGUUUCAGAUCCCAUUCUUUAAUAGUUCAUCUAGCAUAAAUUCAAUUACUAACCCUAUAAUACGUAGAUUCAACAUCCAGCUUUCAAUUAAGCAAGAAUUUUAAUUAAGAUGCCUUCUGACACUCAGCUUUUAGCUUUGGAUCAAACAUAAUAUGACCUUUUUAUAAGCAGCAACCAAUUGCCUUCUGCACUUUUCCUAAGCAGCUCGUUCUUCUUCUGAUUCAAGCACAUCCUCAGGUCAAAUAUUCCUUGCACUAAACUAACACCACCAAGAAAGCCAUUUGCCAGUAGCUUAAAUAAAAGUUCAAAUUCCAGAAACAUGGCAACUAAAAAUCUCCUUAUUCUGCUACAUGCCUACAUCAAUAAGUAAAAAGUGAGCUUCUUACCAGCAGCUAAGUGUCUCUCUAGUUACAAUUCUCACAAAUUAAUUGAGAUUUGUUUUAGCUCAUGUUUUGGGACGCAUGUUGAUCGGAUGUGUGACCUUAUUUCCAAAAUGACCAACAGAAGCAAUGACAAAGGGACAGAUUUGUUAUUGUCAUGCCAUCUUGGAGAUGCUGUCAGGUGUAAGAAAGACUCCCCACUUUGAGACUUGAUACCUUCAGCUUGUUCAGGUAGGAGCCAUCUUCUGUGCUUGACUUUGGAUCUGAUGUUUCUUAGUCUCUGAUAGUCUGAUGUUUCUGUGUCACUGAUAGUCUGAUGUUGUUGCUUCCAUAAAUUUACUGGUAUCCCCAACAAUAAUCUCCACCUUAGGAAACUCCUCUUCUGGAGAAGGGUCCAGAAUUGGAACCAGUCCAGGUGGGAGUCCACUGCUCCUCUUAUCCGCAAACAAACUCAAGCCCUAGAAAAAGCCUAUGCUUGAAACUGUUAAAAGGCUUGCUUUGCCCCUUGCCUUCACUCUUCACUUUGAAGCCUACACAUCUAUGCCUCUACCAAGAACUUUCUCCAAAAUGCAACUUUAUCAUCAACCAACAUGAUUCUCUCCCAAAAACUACAAUCCCUAGUUCCAAUUAAGCCUAAUAACAGAAUAAAGGAAGUUGCUUUUUUCCAUUAUCUUGACAAUCUAUAAAACAAAGCGUCAAUCAAGAAAAAGAAAACAAAUUCCCACCAAAAUCCUCACCUGGGUUAUGCUUUGGGCCAGAUCUGGAAGCUGCUUUUCUCCGUACUCAUCUGAAAGCUAAAAAACAACGGUCACGCCAUUGAUAUACAGCAUCCAAAACAGGAUCUGGCAUGGCAAUUGCAUACUACUCGUACCAAGAAGUAACAAAAAAGAGGUAUUGGAUAUCGCUCAGAAAAGAUUGUGCUGCAUCUCAAGCGCCCGGAUUUAAGGACGAUAUGCACUUCGUUACUUCAUGUCAUAGCAGUAUGCAUUUUGACAUGCAAGAUACUGUCCCAGAUGUUUUAUAUCAAUGGGUUGUUGUGAACAUGGCGUGUUGGCUUUGACAGAUGAUGACUGAAUUUCAAAGAUUCCGACGGUUCACCAAAGCCAACAGAGCUGGAACAGGAGGUCGCUGCGGCGGUUCUGACUAAUGAG